AUGACAAGAAGAUAUUGGAACAUCAAUUUGGAAGAGAUGAUGGAAGCAGGAGUUCAUUUUGGUCAUGGUACUAAGAAAUGGAAUCCUAGAAUGGCCCCUUACAUCUCUGCAAAGCGUAAAGGUAUUCAUAUUACAAAUCUCGCUAGAACUGCUCGUUUUUUAUCAGAAGCCUGUGAUUUAGUUUUUGAUGCAUCAAGUAGGGGAAAAAGCUUCUUAAUCGUCGGUACCAAAAAUAAAGCAUCGGAUUCAGUAGCAUCAGCUGCAAUAAGGGCUCGGUCUCAUUUUAUUAAUCAAAAAUGGCUCGGUGGUACGUUAACGAAUUGGUCCACUACGGAAACGAGACUUUAUAAGUUCAGGGACUUAAGAGCAGAAGAAAAGAUGGGGAAACUCAACCGUCUCCCCAAAAGAGAUGCAGCAAUGUUGAAGAGAAAAUUAUCUACCUUGCAAACAUAUCUCGGUGGGAUCAAAUAUAUGACGGGAUUGCCUGAUAUUGUGAUCAUCGUUGAUCAGCAAGAAGAAUAUACGGCUCUUCGAGAAUGUGCCAUUUUGGGGAUUCCGACGAUUUGUUUAAUCGAUACAAAUUGUGACCCAGAUCUUGCAGAUAUUUCGAUUCCGGCCAACGAUGACGCUAUAGCUUCAAUUCGAUUGAUUCUUAACAAAUUAGUAUCCGCAAUUUGUGAGGGUCGUUCUAGCUAUAUAAGAAAUCGUUGA